GCUAUAGAAAUUAAGCUAUAUGGACAAGUUUUAAAGCAAGUCAAUACCAUUAGGUACCUGGGAGUGUGGUUUGAUGUAAAGUUAACGUUUAAGGAACACAUUCAGAAGAUGAUUGAGAAGUGCAAGAAGGGUAUUAAUGUCUUGAAAUGCUUAGCAGGGUACAACUGGGGAGCUUCAGGAACGUCCCUAAAAAGAAUUUAUAUUGCUCUGAUUAGAUCCGUUUUUGAUUAUGGAUGUAUUGUGUACAGAUCUACAUCAAAGACACGCCUUAACGAACUUGACAGAAUGCAGGCUAAAAGUCUCAGAAUAUGUUGUGGUGCAUUUAGAACUUCUCCUGUACCAGCGCUGCAAGUAGAGACAGGAGAAAUGCCAUUACACCUCAGGCGUCUGAAAUUGAGUAUGGCUUAUUGGGUCAAUUUAAAAGGACAUAACGCAUCUCAUCCUACUAAGGAGGUCCUUAAUGAAUGUUGGGAAUAUGGCAGGUCUCAGAUCUGUAGCUUUGGCUGGGAAGCUAACGGAUUAGCAAGUCAGUUGGAGAUAGAGGACAUAACAUGCAGUAAGACUUUGCCUCUGGCCACAACCUCACCUUGGUUAUUUAGUUCCCCUAGGGUGAUUAUAGAAACUAAAGAAAAUGUAGGGCAGUAUCUGAGUAUGUGCUACAAUACAACAAAAAUAUAUACAGACGCAUCAAAAGAUUGUGAGGGUAAGACUGGCAUAGGGGUGUAUAUUCCUGAAUCUGAUAUAUAUAUUAAAAAGAGGGCUACUGAUCAGUUAUCCAUUUUUGCAGCUGAAAUGGCAGCCAUCAUAACUGCAUUGCAAUGGCUAGAAGAGACUAGGCUCCCUAAAGCAAUCAUUUGUUCUGACUCAAUGUCAUCUCUCAGUUCUAUUCAAAAUGGAGAAUCAGCAUGUAGACAGGAUCUAUUGAAUGAAAUAAAUCAAAUCAUUUUUGCAAUUAAUCAACAGGGAAGGACAGUCCAGUUUGUGUGGGUUCCAGCUCAUAAAGGUGUUGAAGGGAAUGAGGAAGCAGACAAGCUGGCAAAAGAGGCAACGAAAGAAGAGGAGGUUCAAUUAAGCAUUCCACUCAAUCCCCAAUGAACUGCACCUCAGUCCAGUAGAUGGCGGUAAUACACGUAGCUUGUAAACCGCCAUAAAACUCUACAGAAGAAGAAGAAG